AUGCAGAGUCUGGAAAGCAUACAUGAUAUUCCUACGCUUAUCAAUCAGUUUAUUGCAAGUGCAGAUGAUAGCGAUGUUUCCAUAACUUAUAGUAAAGAGUUGGCUGAACUAAUUGAGAAGGAUGAAAUGACUUUGUUGAAGUUUAUACAGUCAUUGGGACCAAACCUAACUUCGGAUAGUGAUUUGAUUAGAUCGAAGUCAAUUCAAUGUAUGUCAGAAAGCUUGAAGUGUUUGAAUGUCAAUAAGCUAUCAAAACAGGAUAUCAAUGUGCUAUUCGAGUUUUUACUAGCUAAAUUCGAGGACAUAUUCUGCUUAGGUCAUAUUCUAUCAAGUUUGAAUUCAUUAAUUCUGUUUAAGAAUUUUAUUUUUGGUAUGAAUAAUAAUGUGGAAAAGCUAUUAACGAAUAUCUUGAAUAACUAUGAUCCAAAGAAACAUUUAGCCAAGGUCAGAUACGAGCCAUUCAGAACUUUAAAUGCGUUAGUGACGAUUGAUCCUGUCUAUUUCCAAUCCUCUUCACGCGUAUCAGAUUUGAUGGUGAAGACGUUUAUUCAUGUUGCAAGUGGCGAAAAAGACCCAAGGAAUUUAUUGUUGUCCUUUGAUACCAAUACGAAAAUUAAUGAAGUUUUUGAAUUCGAUCCAUUGAACGAGGUCCAUAAAGAUCUCAUAAGCGAGCUAUUUGACGUUUGUUUUUGUUAUUUUCCAAUAUCCUUUAGUCCACCUCCCAACGACCCUUACAAAAUUACAGCACAAGAUUUAAAGUUGAAAUUAAGAAAUACUAUUGCCUCGCAAAGUUAUUUUGCUAAAGAAUCUUUUGCUGAUUUAAUUGAAAAGCUCACUUCAACUAAUCCAGUAAUAAGGAACGAUGUUUUAAAAACCUUGUUACUUUGUGUUGAGAAUUACAAGUUAGAAACUGUUGCAGAAUACUGGGUGACAAUCUGGAACGCAUUGAAGUUUGAGGUUUUACAUAAUGAUGUUUCAAUUUUUAAGCCAUACAUUGAUGUAAUUGUACCAGAAGAUUAUGAUGAAGAAAUCGAUGAUUCGGAUGAAUUUAAACCUUUGAUCACAACAUUAGUUAUAAUAAAAAAAUUGGCCAAUAGAAUGACAGAUUUUGGUGAACUUGAAAACUUGUUGACCACAAUAACUAAUGAGUUGAAAAGCAAUCUUGUUACGAUCAACGACAAAUCAUUCAAGCAAUCGGUAUUGCUAUUAAGUGUUUUGGCUUCCGACUCAAGUGCUGGAUUCAAUUUCAUUAUCAAGUUUUUAUUCUUGCAAGAAAUUUGGGGUAAAUAUAUUAAUGCUGAUGAAGAUUCUUCAAUAGAGGAAGUUCCAAGUGAGCUUGAUAAGACGGAAGAUUUAGUUUUAAAUACUUCAAAACAAAAAGAGUUGAUAGAUAAUUUGGGAUUUGUUUUAACGUCAUACAAUGUCUUAUUAGGCAAUCUAGAGAAUCAAGAUGAGUUUAUCGAGAACAAUAAUUUAAAAUUAUAUAAAGACCAUUUGUUGAUUUUUAUGGGUCAGCUAUUGCAAGCUUCCUCCAAUUUGGAAAAAACGUUAAAGUGCAAGGUUAUCCAGCAAUUAAUAAAGUUAGCUCAAUUAAAAGGCUUUUUAAAUGUGCAAGAGUGUACGUUGAUUCUUGGCUACUUCAGUAAUAUUUUGUUAGAUACCGCCAAUUCAAAAUCAAAAAAUUGGGAAAAGGAUCAAGUUACAAAAGAAAUUGUAAAUGGAUUGAUUAAACUCAUGAACAGCGAAGGAGCUUCGAACAAUGAUAAAACCGCCUUAGUCAUAGAUUUAAUACUUCCGCAUUUGUUAGAGAUAUUGCCUUCUACCGACUCAUUGUCUAAUUUCAAGAAGCUUCUAGAAAUAAUUGGUGAAUUGUGUACGAAUUACCAAUUUUUAGAAGUUUUAUCGAUAAGACUAUUGAAUAGAUUAACCAACUAUGAUCAAUUCAAUAUUGAUCAAUUUGAAGUUUUUAGAAAUAUAACCAAUUUAUUGGUGGAGUCGAUUAAAAAGGUACAAGUAUCGAAACAAUUUUUGAUGAAUUCAUGGUAUAAGAAUUUUGUUCCGAGAUUCAUAAAUUGCUUAUUAGAAAUUUUGAAAGUAAAAGAUGAUCAUAUUUUAAUUGAGUUGUCUGGAGAUUUGAUCGGGCUAAUUGUUAAAUAUAAUGAUAAGUCGAAACAUCAGGAGAUUUUGAAUGAUUUCGUAGCUAUGUUUUUACUCGAUAAAGCGAACGGAUUCAAUGUUAAUGUUAAUGUCAUUCAUCAACAGAAGCCAUUAAUUAAUCUAUUCAACAAAAUUCUCGCGAAUAUCGAUAAGGCAUGUGUGGUUCAGCUUAAUGAUACAUUUACUAUGAAUGAAUUAACAGAUAGAAUAAUCGGAUUGUGUAAUUCUAGGGGUGAUGAGUAUUCACGAUUAGGUUAUUUACAAAACUUGUCACUCUUGGUUAAUAAAUUCUUGCAAAGCAAUGAAUUCAUUGAAGAGAAAUUAAAACUAACAUUUGAAAAUAUACUGAAUAUUUCCAAAUUCGAUUCAGUUUUAUCACAAGACCAAAUAGAGAGCUUCGAGGUUAUCGUUUGGAUCCUCAAGUCGUUAAUUUUAAAAAUUGACACGCUCGGUAUUGAGUAUAUAAAUAGGCUCAUAUCAUUGUUAUCUUGCGAAAAUAGACAAAUGCAGCAACUAACUGCUAAGUCAUUUAAUAUUCUAAUGAUAGACUUACCAAUUUUUACUAAUCAACAAAUUGGUGGUAAAACUAAAAUAAUUUCAGGUGUUCAAAAUUUGAAUGUUAGAUUAUUAUACAAGCAGAAAGUCUUUGGUAUUUUAUUGCCAAAAAUAAUUGAAGGAUAUAAUAUAUCCAAUAUCCGCAAUAAAGAAAACUAUUUAAUUUCUUUAUCUUUGAUAUUGAAUAAUGUACCACAUAGUAUUUUAAAAUCAUAUUUAAGUCAAAUUUUACCCUUGAUUCUAAAUAGUCUUAACUUGCCAAACCCAAUAAUUUUGAAUGCUUCGCUAGCAACAUGUGAAAUAAUCAUUGAUGAGUCUCCAGAUUUGGUCAUACCACAUUUAUCAACCUUAAUUCCAAAAUUAGUUGGCUUGUCAAUGGGUAAAAUUGUUGUUGAGAAAAGCUUGGUUAAUAAUGAAGAAGUGAGACUAACCUCGUUGAAUUGUUUACAAAAAGUCUUUUCCAAUAUUGAAUUAAAAUAUAUCAUCCCAUUUCAAAAGUCAGCCUUGAAUAAAUUGACACCGGGGUUGGAUGAUAAGAAAAGAACUGUUAGAAAAUUAUGUUGUGACGUACGUCAAACCUUAUUUGAACUAGGCAAAUAUUAG